GUGUGUGCGUGUGUGUGUCUGUGUGGGUUCAGAGCGGUGUGUGUUUGCUUGCUUAACCCGCGUCGCCGUAAGGAUGUGGUUUACUGUGUGCAACAACUUCAUGCCGGAAGCAACUAUCAAAUAAUCAUCCACGAUUUUCUCUCUCUCUCUCUCUCUCUCUCGCUCUCUUUUUUUUUUUUUCACUGUCACUUAGGUGCUCUCUCUGUACGUAUGACAAACCCAGCCAGCGUUUGUCACUUGUGCCGUGCAGAAUAGCUCUCAACAUGUUCCCCAGGGUGAUCAUGAAGGGGACUCUGAUCAAAAAAUCUCAACAAAAGAAAAGGACUUCGCCGUGUAAUUACAAGGAGAGAAUGUUUAUACUGGACACGCAAGACCUCAAGUAUUCUGAACGCCGCCCCGGGAAAAAGCCCCUAGAGAAAGGCUGCAUACAACUGUCCAGAAUUAAGUGUGUGGAGAUCGUGUGUACUGAUGUCCCUAUCCCAUGCACCUAUAAAUACCCCUUUCAGGUUUUUCAUGACACCCAUUACCUGUACAUAUUUGCCCCAGACAACGAUUGCCGUCAAAGAUGGGUCAGGGCCCUCAAAGAAGAGACGAAGGGCAACAGUUUGGUCGCAAAGUACCAUCCCAACUUCUGGAUGGACGGAAAAUGGAGAUGCUGCCAGCAAGCAGAGAAACUGGCCACAGGUUGUCAAGUGUAUGACCCCGUGGGCUGUGGUUCUAAGAAGCCUCUUCCCCAACUUCCAGAUCCAAAGAUGGGAAUGCAAGACCCAGAAUACCAGAUGGUCGUCGCUCUGCAAGACUACACACCUCUCGGAGACAACGACCUGCCUCUCCAGAAAGAUCAGGAGUAUAUCCUGAUCAACAACUGCAACGCCGACUGGUGGGCCGUAAAAGAUGACAGAGGGAACACGGGUUUUGUGCCCAGUACGUACGUAGCUGAAAAAUUUGGCAGCAACUUUGAGAGAUUUGAAUGGUACAACAAAAACAUAACCAGGCAGGAUGCAGAAAUUUUGUUAAUGAAAGAGGGAAAAGAAGGUGCGUUCAUGGUCCGGGAUUCGAGACAGCCAGGAGUCUACACGGUGUCGGUGUUCAGCAAAGCACCAGGUUCAAAUGGGGAGAAGAAUCCAAGAGUGAAGCAUUACCAAAUCAGACAGUCAGAAACCGGCCAGACGGCAUUUUACUUGGCAGAGAAGUACCUGUUCAGCACAAUUCCUGAGCUCAUUCAUUACCACCAACACAAUGCUGCAGGUCUGAUAACACGCCUUAGGCACCCUGUCUCUCAAGAUGGAGGAAGUUCACAAGAAACUGUCGAUACCGCAGAAGAUCACUGGGAAGUGGACCCCCAGGAGCUGAUCCUGGGUAAGGAGCUAGGCAGCGGCCAGUUUGGCCUGGUGCUGGAGGGGAAGUGGAGGGAUAAGAAGGUGGCCGUGAAGAUGACAAGAGAAGACAGCAUGUCGGAGGAGGAAUUCAAAGAGGAGGCAAAGGUUAUGAUGAAACUGUCUCACUGUAAGCUAGUACAGCUCUACGGCGUGUGCAUCAACCGCGCUCCCAUGUGUCUGGUGUUUGAGUUCAUGGAGAACGGCUGCCUGUCCGACUACCUGCGAGCCAAGAAGGGCCGUUUGUCCCAGGACACGUUGCUGGGGAUGUGUCUGGAUGUCAGCGAGGCGAUGGCAUACCUGGAGAGCUCUAACUACAUCCACAGAGAUCUGGCUGCCAGGAACUGCCUUGUCUCAAAGAACAACGAGGUGAAGGUUUCGGAUUUUGGCAUGACCAGACUUGUUCUUGAUGAUCAGUACACUAGCUCCCAUGGCUCCAAGUUCCCUGUCAAGUGGUCGGCCCCAGAGGUCAUCAACUACAGCAAGUUCAGCAGCAAGUCUGACGUCUGGUCUUUCGGUGUGCUCAUGUGGGAGGUGUAUUCCGAGGGCCGCCUUCCCUACGAGAACCGCUCCAAUGCAGAGGUGGUGGAGUCCCUGUCGACAGGCCUGAGGCUCCUGAAGCCACGCCUAGCCCCGGACUCGGUCCACCUGCUCAUGGACUGGUGCUGGAAGGAGAAACCGGACGAUCGCCCAUCGUUUGCUCUACUUCUUCAUGAGCUGGCCUCUCUCGCGGAUAUGUGAACCAACGACAGAUUUAGAGAGGAUCAUUCAAAACAGAGCUUUAUUUAUUUUAUUUAUUGGCUGAAUGCACUGCUGCAUGUCAGGUUUUGUAUGUAGUUUGUAAUUUUAUGUGUACAAAUGUGAUGAUUUAAAAAAUGACGACAGUUCCCUGGA